AAAUAUGUCUUAAAUGAUGAAAAAAAAAACUCCAUCUAGAAAUAUUUUAAAUGUAGAGUGCUCAGUAUUUAAAAUCUCCAUUUUAUUAAAAUAGUAAUAUUUUUUUUAUUUGUGAGAUGAUUAGUUAUGAUAAAAACUUUCAACGAGAUGUUAAGAAUCCAAAUUUUUAAGAAAUCCUGUAAGUUUCACACCUAAACAAUUUGCUAGCGAUCACAUUGUCAUUGGCCAAUGCUGGCCACGCAUCUCUAACGUUCGCACACGACAAAAACUUUAGCCUUAUCGAUAAGAUUAGUUAAAUUAUCAUUUUGGCUAGUUACACGUAACAGAGUUAAUUCUCCCUUCUAUAUAUUGCGUAUGUUUAACAUUCAUUCAUCAAUGAAGAAUCAUUUCCCCUUAACUAUUUUCUUAUGUUAUUAUCUUUUCGUCUCUCUUUUAUUCGGAUCGAAUUUAUCUUCUCAAUACUUUCCUCUAUCGCUUUUUAAGCUUUGGAAAACAUAUACAAACUUGAUAUCUUCCCCUACAAUGGCUGUACUUCUUCAAACGAAGUACACUCUAAGUCCCAUCACAAACAACAUCCCAAGAAGCCAUCGUCCGUCGCUUCUCCGUGCACGUGUUACGUGCUCUCUUACCCCCGCCAAGAAGUCUCAUCCUAACCGUGAGAAGCUCGUUCUUGAGAAACGCCUUGUGAACCCUCCUCCCUCCAACGACCCAACUCUACAAUCUACACUGACCCACCGGUUAUGGGUCGGAGCGGGUUGCACCACCGUGUUUGCCUCUUUUGCCAAGUCUAUUAUUGGAGGGUUUGGUUCUCAUAUCUUGCUCGAACCAGCUUUAGCCGGUUACGCAGGUUACAUCUUAGCUGAUCUUGGCUCUGGUCUAUACCACUGGGCCAUCGAUAACUACGGUGAUGAGUCAACGCCUCUAGUAGGAACCCAAAUCGAAGCUGCACGAGGUCACCACAAAUGGCCUUGGAUAAUCACCAUACGUCAAUUUGCAAAUAAUUCACACGCUCUGGCUCGUGGAAUAACCUUUACGGUUCUUCCACUAGUUCUUGCAUGUAAUGACCCGGUGGUUCAUGGCUUUGUGAGCAUGUUUGCAUUUUGCAUAUUGUUUUGCCAACAAUGUCAUGCUUGGGCUCAUGAAAGAAAGAGUAAGCUUCCACCUCUUGUUGUGGCGUUUCAGGACAUGGGGCUUCUCCUUUCACGAAGACAGCACGUGAAUCAUCACCGCCACCACCGUACGUAUAUGAGUUACUGCAUAGUGAGUGGGGUAUGGAACAAUGUUUUGGAUGACAAUAAGAUCUUUGAGGCAUUAGAAAAGGUGUUAUAUGUCCAGUUCGGGGUGAAACCUAGGUCAUGGAGCCACCCAAACUCCGAAUGAACAUACGAAUUUGAUAUCUCCAACAACCUAGCAUAUACAUUAAUCAUCCAGAAAAAAAUAUUCGAUUCAAUUUCUUAAAUAAGUAAAUCAUUAAACGAUAAAUUUUCCAUCUUUUGUUUUAUCUUAUUUCUCAUCUUGUAAUAAUGUUCUUGUAUUGUCUCAUAUAAAGUCUCGAAUACCUCUUUUGUUUCUCUAUUAGGAAAGCAUUUUCCCACAAGCUUAAUGGGAACAUAGAACAUGGUGUUUUGCUGGAAAAGUAAAUAAAUAAAUAAACCAACCAAUGAAAAAUUCCUAAAUUUACAACUUCU